AUGUCUUUCGACAUAAACUGGGACAAGCUUGUGGCAGACAAUUCACUCAAUGAAUCUAUAAGAGAAUUUCUCGAUAUUCAGCUUAAUCAGCUUCUGCUACCGCCUUAUAUUGACAAUCUCACGGUGACCAAAUUCUCAUUGGGCACUAAGGCACCCGAGAUCACCAUACGACAUGUUGGUGAUCCCUUUGACGAGUUCUACGAAGAAGGCAGCGACGGCGAGGAGGAGAAUGCAAUUUCCCCAGCAAUCAGCGAUCUGGACACAGACUCGGUUGGGAACGAUACGGACGAUGCAUACGAUGGACAUACUACUUUGAACGAGACGGGUCUCAAAGAGUCGCUUGCGGACCUACCCCCUUCUCCACCCCCCUUGAUGAGAGAUCCUCACGACAUAUUACGUAACUUUCACGCCUAUUCGAUGAACAACGUUGGUCUCGGGCAUCACCAUAUGAAUGCCGUGAACGAGUCUGAAACACCUACAAACAUCUUUGCACAAAAUACCACGAAGAGGCCCGCUAUUACGCCUGGCCAAAAAACGGCAAAAAGAGAUUGCAACGAUUUGCAAACAAUCGUGGAAUUUGACUACCAUGGGGACCUGUCCAUGGAAGUGACGGUUAAUUUGUUGGUAAACUAUCCAUCUGCACAGUUUAUUACGUUACCCAUAAAGCUUCACAUCACAGAUCUCGUGAUCCAUUCCUUAGCAGUGGUCGCCUACUUGAAAAAGUGCAUCUACGUGGCUUUUCUUUGUGAUCUCAAUGAUGCUCAACAGGGGUACUUCGGGAAGUCCAAUGGUUUAGCUCUGGAGAAAUCAACGAAUACUCCUUCCGUAGGCGGAAAUUUUGUCGACUAUUCGUCGCCUACAAAUCAUGAAAGAAUUGACGUCAUUAAGUCCGUCAAAAUUGAGUCCGAGAUUGGUGAAUUGGGUAAUAAUGUGCUUCGUAAUGUUGGCAAAGUAGAACGCUUUUUAAUCGAUCAGUUACGAACAAUUAUACGAGAAGAGAUUGCGUGGCCAAGUUGGGUUUGUUUUGAUUUAAAUGAUGACGAAGAGGACGAUCCCAAUGAUGGAACCUCUGAUGACCGUCCGCUUGACGCUGGAACUUAA